CAAACCACAAGGCUGACUCGAAGAAGGCAGAGAGCUCCACUAUGUCCAGCUCUGCACUGCUAUGCUGCCUGGUUUUGCUGGCUGGGAUGGAUGCCUGUCAAGCCCAUGGCAUCCAGUACGAGAACAGCUGUGUCCACUUCCCAGCCAGCCUGCCCCACAUGCUCCGGGAGCUCCGCUUAGCCUUCAGCAGGGUGAAGGUUUUCUUUCAAACAAAGGACCAAGUGGACAGCAUGCUGUUGAGUGGGUCACUGCUGGAAGAUUUUAGGGGUUACCUGGGUUGCCAAGCCUUGUCAGAGAUGAUCCAGUUUUAUCUGGAGAAGGUGAUGCCCCAGGCUGAGAACCAGGGUCCAGACAUCAAGGAGCACGUUAACUCCUUAGGAGAAAAGUUGAAGACCCUCAGGCUGAGACUGCGGCGCUGUCAUCAGUUUCUGCCUUGUGAAAACAAGAGCAAAGCAGUGGAGCAGGUGAAGAGUGUCUUCACUAAGCUCCAAGAGAAAGGAGUCUACAAAGCCAUGAGUGAAUUUGACAUCUUCAUCAACUACAUAGAAGCCUACAUUACAAUGAGAAGUCAACAAUGAAACCCCCCUUGGGAGCCCACCUCCAGGAUAUUGACUCUGCUAAGCUCCAGAACACAAACUGUGGAUCUCCAUAUUCUGAUACAGGAUUCUGGAUCACCUCUUGGAGAACUUCACUAUACCUCCCUCCUAGAUAUUUAUUACCUCUCUUACCUCACCUCCCAUUUCUAUUUAUUUACUGAGCUUCUCUGUGAAUUCUUUAGAAAGAAGCCCACAAUUAUUUUUUUUCAGUAUUUAUUUUUUUAUCUGUAUGGUUGAGUGUUUUAAGAGAAAUUAUUUCUUGGGGAGCUAACUGAAACUUCUAUUCCAAGACAUUAUUCUUUAUAACUGUUGUGACCUCCCUCUAACUCCUUUUAAGCCAGGCUCUAAGACUUCCAGAGUAUUACAAAGACUGACUUCGGAAGAGAAAUAGGGAGUCCCUUUGAUCAUUUAUAUUUCAGUGGCUCAUAGGGAUUUUCCCCAACCUUACUUUCAUAAAAACUGUGUUUUUCUUGUUAUUUAUAACAACUUCAAGUUGGUUCUAAUAGAACUCAGUUUUAACUAGAAGCAAUUCAAUUCCUCUGGGAAUGUUACAAUGUUUGUCUGUCUUCAUAACAGAUUUUAAUUUUGAUUAAAAAACU